UAAUAAAGCGUUUUCGUUUUGGGUGUCUUUGGGGGUAGGAGCUCCGUAUCGAAGAGAGAAAGAGAUGACGAAGUUUUCGCUGGGUGGAGACGAAGAUGGGGAAGGCCCGAGUAGCCGGGGGCCGAAGCGGCUGAGGAUAGCUGUGCAAAGCAACGCCGGAGAUAGAGACUAUCGAGAACGAGAAGGAGAACACUGCGAAGAUGGAGAGCAAGAAACUUACGAAGAAGAAGAAGAAGAAGAAGAAGAAAGCGAUUACGAAGAAGAGGAAGAAGAAGACGAAGAAGAAGAAGAAGAAGAAGGAGAAGGAGAAGAACGUUUUUUUGAUGAUGAAGAAGAAGACAACGUAGAAGUAGAUCCGGGCCCUAGUGUGACUGUAGGACCCAGAUCCAACGGUGGCGCCCAAGUGGGCCGUGACGGGUCCAUUUCCGUGACCCUUACCGAUCCAGAAGUCCUCGAUUGCUCCAUUUGCUACGAACCCUUGUCAAGUCCCGUCUUCCAGUGUGAGAAUGGGCAUAUAGCUUGCUCUUCCUGCUGCAUCAAACUUAGGAAUAAAUGUCCCUCCUGCUUUUGGCCUAUUGGAUAUAAUCGUUGCCGAUCCAUUGAGAAGGUUCUAGAAUCAGUCAAAAUUUCAUGCUCAAACGCCAAGUAUGGGUGCAAAGAAGCAGUUAGUUACAGUAAGAAAAAUGACCAUGAGAAGACAUGCAUCUAUGCACCUUGUUCAUGCCCCCUUUCAGAUUGCAACUUUGUCGCCUCAUCCAAGCAAUUAUACAUGCACUAUAGCAGGAAACAUCCAAUUUCUGCAACCUGCUUCAUUUACGGUUCUGUGUUCUCUGUUACCUUAAAAGUUAGCGACAAAUUUAUUGUCCUUAAAGAACAGCAUGAUGGUGUUCUAUUUGUCCUCAACAAUAGUGUCGAAAUUCUUGGGAAUUUAGUGAGAGUUUAUUGUAUUGGCCCCUGCUCAUCAACAGGAGGGUUCCCCUACACCCUUCUGGCCCAAAUCCCCGGAAGCUCUCUCCAACUACGAUCUUUCACGAAGAACCGUCAACAUUGCGUGGAUAAGCCUCCUUCAACAGCAACUGGGUUCCUGCUAAUUCCUUCUGAUUUUUUUGGUUCAAGUGGCCAGUUCAAGUUGGAUGUCUGCAUCCAGCGCAAUUCUGCGUGUUUUUCCAGUUCUUAAAAAUAUUUAGUUACCUCAGUAAAAAUUUGGUUAUCUAAAGCUGUGCAAAAAGUUUAUUUCUUGAUUACAGGUUUUUACCCUGUUUUAUUGCUUGUAUGUAUUUGUAAUUUUUUUUUUUUUUAAAAUAUUUUAUUGUAAGGAACAUGACUACCCAGUAAGAUCAUGUAGAACGAAAGGUAUGCAAUUAGAUCUAUAAUCUAAUUGAGUAGAGUCAAGUUAAUUGAAUGUUUAGGCUUGUUCCGUUUAA